AUGUGUGGUAUCUUUCUAUCGGUGGCACAGUCGUUACCUUUGGUGGGUUUGGAAUGCAGAGAAUAUGAUGAAGGUGAAAUUUCACUGCUAGUGGGGAAUCGCUUGGAUCUACAGACGGCUCUUUCUGAUCAUGAUAAAGAGAAGGUGAAGAACGCUGAUGCUAUACGCCAGCGGAAACUGGAGCUCGGGAGGUUGAGCAUGAAGAAUCACAGUAAACGGAUUGAAGAACUUGAACGCGAGAUUCUGGAGUUGAGCGUGGUUGCUGGUGCGCUGGCGUUGGAGAUCAGUGCUUCUUUGGAUACUACGCUUGUGGAUAUCAUGGCCAGAGGACCUGAUUAUGCUUCGUUGGUCGAGGAGAAGAGAGAUGGGUGGUCACUAAGGGCUCUUUCCUCGGUUCUUUCGCUUCGACAACCGUUUACAAAGCAGCCUCUGGGCGAUGAUAGGUACAUCUUUCAGUUCAACGGUGAGCUAUACAAUGAAGACUGUUUGGAUGGAAACGAUGUGAAAUUUGCGUGGGAGAAGCUUUCCAGUGGGCUUCAAGGUGGUAUAGAUGAGCUUGCUAAAGCUUUGGGUGGGCUUCUUGGAGAGUUCGCUUUCGUGUUGACUGAUAAGGUCAAGAAGAAGGUCUACUUUGGCAAGGACCAUGUUGGAAAACGUUCGCUUCUCUUUUCCACUACGGAUGGACUUGCUGUCGCCUCCGUUUUUAGCCAUGGCCCAACAGAAGAUCUCCAGGAAUGUCAACCAGGCAUACUCUACACUUACAGCAUAGGCGACGGUACCAUUUCAAAAACAGCAUACCCACAAACAUUGCAUUCAAGUCCAAUUAGAGGCAACCACUACGAUAGUGAAUACUCCCAGUUGGACACUCGUGUUGAUAAACUCCACGAGCAUCUUCAAAAAGCAUGUCUUUUAAGACAACAAACAGUCCAUCCGUACCACGCUACUAAGACUCAGGUAGCUGUUUUGUUCAGUGGUGGACUCGACUGUACUAUAAUAGCUGCACUUAUUGCAAAAAACUACACUCGUUUAGAUCAUCCUGUCACUAUUGAUCUUCUUACGGUGGGUUUUGAGAACCCUAGAACAGGCCUUUCUCCACUGCAGUCUCCAGACAGACAACUUUCCGAAAGAUCAUGGUACGAGCUUUCGAAGAAAUUUGUGGAUACCAAUGUAUCGUUUCGAUUAGUUCAGGUGGAUGUUUCUUAUGGAGAAUGGCUCGCUCACAGAAGUAGGGUUUUGGGUUUGAUCCAUCCGACGUCUACCGAAAUGGAUCUUUCCAUCGCCAUAGCAUUUUACUUUGCCAGUCGUCCUGGAAAGUUCGCUGCAUUAAGAGCAGGACAUUCAUUCGAUAAGUCUAUUAUAUGGACUGAUUUUCUCGAGAACAGAGACAAGUUCGUGGAGACAGAACAAGAGUACUUCUCCUCAGCCAAGGUUCUCUUUUCAGGAUUAGGAGCUGACGAGCUCUACGGUGGCUACUCGCGUCAUGAGAGCAUAUUUGACUCUUUAAAGGAAGGUUUUGCUGAGAAUGAAAUCCAUAGCUUGUACGACGAGCUUUCUGCUUCGCUCAUGUAUGACAUCAAUGCCAUAUAUGAACGAAACCUCGGCAGAGACGACCGUGCAAUUUCAAGCUGGGGCAAGGAAUUACGUUACCCAUACUUAGACAACGACGUGAUUGAGUUUUCCACCAAUGGCAUCGAACCGCAUUACAAAAUCAGACUCAGCUGGGCCAACAUUAAAACCAAAAAAGGCGAGAAACGCGUUAAAGUCUAUUCAAGAAAAUAUCUACUACGCCAGCUAGCACACAAGCUCGAUCUUCCAAUGGCGGCAGAAGAGGUCAAGCGAGCGAUCCAGAACUGA